GAGGAAAAAAAUAUGUUAGGAGUACCUUUUCUUUUGUUUUCUUGGUGUCUUUUGGUCCUUCUUUGUUAUUAGGAACCUCAGCAGAGAGGUCUACUUACAUUGUCCAUUUGGACAAGUCUUUUAUGCCUAAAAUUUUUGCUACUCACCAAAACUGGCAUUCUUCCAUUAUUGAUACCAUCAAGAUUGAAUCUCCCACUACACAAAAUGGCCACCAUCCAGUUCCAAAACUUCUUUAUUCUUAUGACAAUGUCAUCCAUGGAUUCAGUGCUGUUUUGUCUAAAGAUGAGCUUGAAUCGCUUGAGAAAUCGGCAGGUUUCCUUUCAGCUUAUAAAGAUAGGAGUGUUGAAGCUCACACAACUCAUACCUCAGAGUUUCUUAAGCUCAAUCCUGCUUCUGGGCUAUGGCCGGCUUCUGGUUUUGGUCAAGAUGUUAUCAUCGGUGUACUCGACUCUGGUGUCUGGCCAGAAUCUGCUAGUUUCAGUGAUGAUGGAUUACCUGAAAUUCCAAAAAGGUGGAAGGGAAUUUGCAAGGCAGGAACAGAUUUUAAUUCUUCAUUGUGUAACAGGAAAAUCAUUGGGGCUAAUUAUUUCAACAAAGGGAUUUUGGCUGAUAAUCCUACUGUGAAUAUUUCAAUGAAUUCUGCAAGGGAUACUAGAGGUCAUGGCACACAUGUUGCCUCCAUUGCUGCUGGUAAUUUUGCUAAAGGCGCUUCGUAUUUUGGAUAUGCUACUGGAACAGCAAGAGGUAUGGCGCCACGAGCUAGGAUAGCUGUGUAUAAAUUUAGCUUUGAGGAAGGAACCUUCACUUCUGAUUUAAUUGCUGCAAUGGAUCAAGCUGUUGCAGAUGGUGUUGACAUACUAACUAUUUCUUAUGGGUGGGUUAGGAUUCCAGUGUAUCAAGAUUCAAUUGCGAUAGCUUCUUUUGGUGCCAUGAUGAAAGGUGUCUUAAUCUCUGCUUCAGCUGGAAAUAGUGGCCCUGAAAUGGGAACUAUAAAUAAUGGUGUCCCUUGGAUCUUUACUGUGGCGUCAUGCAGUACUGAUCGAGCAUUCUAUGGGACUUUAACUCUUGGGAAUGGCGUAAAUAUUACUGGAUUUAGCUUGUUUCCAGUGAAAACCAUCAUCAAGAAUUUUCCAGUGCUUUACAACGAAAGUAUAUCACCUUGUGAUUCAUCUGAUGUAUUAGCCAAAGUCCCUAAUGGUGGACGUAGCAUUAUGAUUUGUUUUAGUAAUGCAGUAGAAGUAGAGGACCAAAUGGCGGCUAUCUCAGAGUCAAAAUUUGGAGGAGCCAUCUAUAUUUCAGAUGAUCCAGAUGUAUUGUCAUCCAAUUUUUUUCCAAAUCCUGGAGUUGUGAUUAGCACCAAGGAAGGGAAACAAGUGAUAGACUAUGCAACCAAAAGUGCUAAACCAAAAGUCAGCCUCAGUUUCCAGGGAACACGUAUUGAUGUAAAGCCUGCUCCGGCUGUUUCUGCAUUUUCCUCGAGAGGCCCCUCUCUAAGCUAUCUGCAAGUAGCAAAGCCAGAUAUUAUGGCACCAGGAGAGUUAAUUCUAGCAGCCUGGCCAUCAAACAAUUCAGCUACAGUUAUUGGUGUCAAUACAUUUUUGGGUAGUGAUUACCGUCUUGUAUCAGGUACUUCCAUGGCUGCUCCUCACAUUGCUGGAAUCGCUGCAAUGCUUAAAGGAGCACAUCCUGAUUGGAGUCCUUCAGCUAUUCGAUCUGCCAUGAUGACCACUGCCAACCAUUUGGAUAAUACUAAAAACCCCAUCAAAACCGAGGAUGGUAACAGCGAUACUACAUCAUUAGCUAUGGGAGCCGGACUUGUUGAUCCAAACCGUGCAGUUGAUCCAGGCCUGAUAUAUGAUGCCACUCCACAAGACUAUGUGAAUCUUCUCUGCUCCAUGAAUUUUACACUAGAGCAAUUCAAUACAAUUGCUAGAUCAUCAGCUAAACACAACUGUUCAAAUCCAUCUGAUGAUAUCAAUUACCCGUCAUUUAUUGCUCUCUUUAGCCCAAUUGGGAACUACACUUGGUUGGAGAAGAAAUUCAGGCGGACAGUCACAAAUGUUGGAGCCGGUGCAGCUAAGUAUGUAGCAAAAGUGAUAGCACCAAAAAGCUCGACAAUUUCCAUCUCUCCACAAACCUUAGUGUUUGAGAAGAAAAAUCUGAAGCAGGACUACACUCUUACCAUACGUUACAAAGGCAUUGCAGAUGACCAAGCACAAUCUGGUUCAAUCACUUGGGUUGAAGAGAACGGUCAUCACACCGUAAGAAGUCCUAUAGUAGUAGCUCCAGCGCUUGAUGCCUGGACCUGAAAUGUUGCAGUUGGCAAAACUGUUGCAUUUCUAAGUUUGUAACUCUCCAAGAGAGUACUGUUGAAAUUGGAACUGUUGCAUUUGAGUUAUCAAUAAAGCAUGACUUUAUUU